AUGGUUUCAAAGCUUAAAGACCUGUUUGUUAGAAAUAGACCUUCUUGUGAAAUGGGCAAUAAUCUAGCUGCAGCACAGACAAAAGGAUAUAACGCAAUUCUAAAAUUGUCAGAUGAAGAGUUAAUUGGAACGCUAUGUUUGGAGCCAGCUGGAUUAAAGAACAAACAAUCAACUAGAAUGUAUCAAAGUUAUCAAUCUGACCGUUUUGUUGCUGCUCUACUUGACCCAAGAACUUCUUUUGAAUACAAAUUAAAAGAGAUCUGUCAAAUUCUGGGACCUCAAAAUGUUGAAUAUAAGAAAUAUUCUGUUAAGUUAAAAGUGAAAGCUCAUCCUACAAAAGCACUGAGUGAAGACGAUAUCAAUAAUAUAAAAGCUUAUCUUGAUAAUAGUGAAUCAGGAGAAGAUAUUUACAUAUUUAUGAAGCCAGAUUUAAAUAUCUCAAAGUUUUUAAAUUAUUUGAAUGACUUUGGUUCUUUAAAAUGUGAUAAAGAUAUUGAUGAUGAUAUUUGCCAAAUUAACCGUGAACAAAUUCCAAAAGUGCUAAUAUAUAUAUAUAAACCUGAAUUCUUUAAUUGUUUCAUUAAAUUAAUAAAUUUCUAUUCAAACUCAUUGGAAUCAGGGUCAAGUUAUUGUUCACGACAUGUUUUGACUGGUAAAGUUGUUCAAAGACAAGACUCAAGCUAUAUGAGCAUUAAAGAAACAGAACCUCAUCGUAACUGUGCUUACUUCUUCAGGCCAUUUAAAUUGGACCAUAACAAAUGUAUCAAUGAUGAGCUUUUGAAAAGAUUUUCAAAAGUUUUCCAGAGAGUUGAGUUUAGAAAUACCAAAUCAAGUAACCACAGAUUUUAUUCGAUAUAUGAUAUGGAAUGUGCAAAUGAUAAGAUAAAUAUCAAGACCAAUGAUAAGAUAAAUAUCAAAAAUGAUGAUAACUUCAAUAAAAAGGAUUCUUUACCAGAAUAUUCAAGUACUCAAUGA